AGUGCAGUCAGACCAGAAAUAUGGAAGACGGAUCAGUAUGAUCAUAGCGGGGUGACAAUGGAACUAGAGCGACAGUGAUGUUGAUCCAAUAAAUAGAAGCCUUUCAUGACAUGUUACUCCAACUCGCGUGCCAACAUGCGAGCUUCAGGGUCCCUCAUGUGUAUACUGACUUAAUGAGCCUGUCUAGUCGUAAAUACCGUCCUCCUUAUAGACUGAUUCCACGUCAGCGCGCGCGUGAAGAUGUCCGCUGGCGAUAAGCUGACGUACGGUGACACCGUGUGCUUGGCGGGAAUCGAGCUGAACGGACUUCUCUCGUCGUCAGGCCUGAUCGACGAACGGGUUCGGUUCGAGAUUCUUGACGAUGGCACGGAGGUUCCGCCUAAUCUGGACUUCUGUAAAUUCGAGGUCCGUAUCAAGUACCAGUACUCGUCUCACAAGCAGAAGAAGGAAGGCUCUGACAGCUCCCCAGCACCAGGAGGAGGAUUCAUGUUCUCCUCUGGAGGCGCUGUUGCAGCCCAGACAAGCAGUGAGAGUGAGAGCCUCCAGAAAGCAGAGCAAGCUUUCAACAACGCUGAGUUCCUUCGGUCGGUGGGCAGCCCUGUCCUCUACGGGCACGUGGUGCAGCUGUUCCACGUGAGCAGCGGCAAGUUCGUGAGUGUGAAGCGGACGCAGUCAGAGCUGGAGAAGUCGCACCUCAAGGUCGUGCUCCAGAGGCGCGGAGACAUGGGCUCCUGGUUCACUGUCACGCCCGCUUACAAGAUCAAGCGGGAGGGCGAGCACGUGGCGUUUGGGGAUGCUGCAACGUUCAUGAGUGUCAAGUUCUCUGGAGCCGGGCUGCGUCUUUCCGAUGCGUCCUUUGAUGUCACCGUGUCCGGCUGUCAUCCCUACGUCAUCGACUCUAGAGAGGUGAACGCAGGGCCAGAGGUGGGGCGGUGGAAGCUCAUACCCUACGCUCUCCACGAGAGCAAGCUGCCGAAUGCGAGGCACCUGCUGAGAGGCAGCGACGCAGUGGUGGUGACGCACAGGGCGAGUGAGAUGCACCUCGUGUGCGACGAGGGGCAGGUGUUCUUUGAGGCGCGCGCGCAGACUGAGCCUGGGGGAAGGGUCAGCUCCAACGCGCUCUGGCGCCUGCAGCCGCUGUCUGUUGAAUGGGGCGGCAGAUUCGCCUCUGGAGACCAGCCGUUCCACUUGAAGCACCUGGCCACGGGCCUGUAUCUGGAGUCCAGGCGACUGGCCCACUCCAACUCGUGCCUCGACAUGCGGGGAGAGGACUUCAGGGGCAUGGUGGGAGUGACAGAGCUAUACAAGAAGCCAGGCACCAUGUGGCGGAUAGGGGCAGUGGGGCAGGGGCACGAGCGCCACGUGAUCCCCUACCACACGCUUAUACAGUGCCAUGGCUUGCACGGGUUCAUGUCGGGCGGCAGCGGCGACUACUACAAGGCGCGCUGGGCGGCGGGGCCGGCUGCAGGCUCGUUGUCCUUCGCCUCGUCGUUUUCCGCCGCUGCUGCUGCUGCGGCGGUUGGCGCCGUUGGCUCGGCGGCGUCAGCUGCUGAUGGGUCGUCGGGUUUUGUGUCAGCAGCGUGUGUGGAUGCGGAUGCGGAUGGGGAUGGGGGGGAGGAGGAGGAGGAGGAGGCGCUUAUGGGGAGGCGUCCUGCUGGGCUCACGUCCGUGUGGGACCAGAAGGAUGCGCUUGUCUUUGAGGGUGCCCCUCCAGCUGCAGUUAACCUCAUCCUCACGGAGAGUGACUCCACGCGCUCGCUAAAGAACUUUGUGCUGGCUCUGGACGACAUUGACCCCAUAGACGACUGCACUGACGACGAGGUGCUCAAGGCGAGCAUCCGUACCAGCGGGCUCAUUCAAGUGCUCUUCAAGUAUGGCCCCGUGGUGGCAGAGGAGCUGCAGCGGCUGAUUCGCUGCCUGGUCGUAUCCGACAUGCCCGAUGUGCUCAACCUCAGGGGCCCGCCUAAUCGCACCUACCAGGUGUUUGUGAGCGAGCAGAAGGUGCUAGCCGUGGUAGUGUCCGUGCUGCAGAUCCUGCUCAUCAGCAAGGGUCUGCCCCAGCGCUGCCUGAGCGACUGCGACACCUUCUUCGAGGGCUUUGACCUGCGCCGCCUCUGCAAGCUCAUGAACCGGUUCCUGCAGGCCGCCUGCCAGCAGUUUCGGCCCGGGCAGGACCAGCUCGCGCCCUACGUGCCGCUGCUGGACCAGCUGGUGGGGAACGAGAUCUAUACUUCUGGGACGAUCAUGGCGAUCUUUGCGGACAACGAGAGGAUUAUAUCAAGGGUCACUGUGGAGAAUAUCCGGCAGCGCGUGACCAACUGCCGCAUGUUCCAGCGCCCACGGGACAUCCGCUUCCUCAACAUCAUCUGCAGCAGUGAGGGCGCUCCCGUGCGCUCCAACCAGAACGUCGUCGUGGACAUUCUCCGGGAGAACGCAGACAUUCUUGUGCAGGCCCGCCCUGCUCCGUCCCGCCUGGUCCGGGGCGGCCAGACGCUGAUUCUGAGGCGCUGGGAUGGGCUGGAGGUGGACUGUGAGGCGUAUGCGGACCUGCAGCAGCUUGGGCCGCACUCGGACUCCAUUCGCCGGAUGCCACAAGAGGUGCUGUUUCUGUUCUACGUGGUGUCGCUGGAGCUGUACUGCACGCUGUGCCUGCAGCGCAACCGCAAGGCCAUCGACUGGCUGAUCGAGGACAGCCACCUGUACGGGCUGGACUACGCCACGCUGCGCAUGGUCGUCUUCAACCCUGCAUUGCCCUUCUUCCUGCGCACCAACUGCUGCCGCCUGCUCACGCGCAUGUACCUCGAUAGAGAGCCCUUUGAGCUCGUGUCGCAGGGCAGCGUCAUGCUCACAUGGCCCACCAUAGACGACUCGGACGCAGAGACGCUGACCGAGCCCGACCACGUGAACAUGGCCAUGGCGGACCCCUUCUCCGCCUUCCCCGGCAAGGCUCCUGAAAGGGAGUUCGGGGAGCUUAAGGCGUGCACGCUGGCGUACCUGCAUGGCACGCGCCUGUCCUCGGCUUGCUCCGCGGGGCAGAGCGCGCUCACCCUGGCUGUGCUGCAGAUGGGAAGCAUCAUGCUGCAAUUCGGGCUGUUUGGGAACUUCUCCCAGGACUGGGACAGUUCCAUAGCUCAAGUGGUGGCUGCUAUCAUCCCUCUGCUGGACGGCAGGUCAGAGCCGUGGGACGGCAGCUGCAGGCUCAGAUUCGAGAAUCAGCACGAGCCGCACAGCAGUGCAGUCAUGGAGGCCAAGACCAUCAUGUGCGCCAUGCUCAUGUACAUAUUCGACAUGCGCAUCAACUGGUGCAUCAGCAUCGCAUUCGACUGCUACUGCGACCUCAGCGAUCGCACCAUUGCCAAUUUCUGGGACAUGCCCCUGCUCCUCUCCCGCCCCUCCGACCCCUUCUCCUCCGCCUACCCCUCCUCUGUUGCUGACGCUACCACCAUGUUAUAAUCACAAUAGGCUUAGAUGUGCCUAUAAUGAGAGAUAGAGAGCACAGUCGGAUUUCUGUCAGACGGCUUCAAAUACUGAUAACGAUCUGGUCACUGAAUC